GUAGUCUUAAACUUCUAAAACUGAACAAGCUGGUUUUAGAUGACUUAAAAAAGAGUCUCUCUCAAGCAAACAAGGAAAUGUAGUAAUUAAUGCAUCACAUCAGCAUUUCUGAUGUAUUGAGCUGUAGUACUCAACAAGGUUGGACAAAUUUGUGAAUGAAUUGAAUUGGCCACGCCCACAGGAUGUUGAGUUGUAAUGACAGGAAGGGGGAUUUACUGACUUGCAAUUCAAAGAAAUUUACCAGCCAAAAGUUAUGAUCAUAGUGUUAAAGUAGAGAAAAUGGGGGUAAUUUUAAGAAUUGGUUUCCUACUCGCCACUCUGGCCAGACUAAGCCUCUUUUCUAGCUGGAGUAUUAGCUUUGAUGAUCAACAAUCGUGUCCAAUCCCCAUGUUGCAACCUUCGCACAUACUCAGUUUAUUUUGAGUCAUUGUCCAUCAUUCAAAAUUUUCAGCUAGAAUGACAGAUAAUAGUUCUGCUGCCAUGGCUACUAUUUCCCAAAAGCCGGACACAGGCUUCAAAAAGCAUCAGCACAAUUUUAAAAUGAUGGACCAAAACGUUGGUUGCUAGGAUUUUCCAGGCAUUUACUUACCAAAUAAAGUCUGGAAACUGCCCAACUGCAAGUCAGUUCUGGCCUCUAGAUAUGGCUUGAGACCAUCUUUCAAUUUAAGUCUAUGGUCACCUAUACUCAAUAAGUGGAGAUGUCAUUCAUGUCUGGUGCAGGACAAGUUAAACACCAAAGUUUAAUAUACGGGUUAGGGUUUUUGAAAAAGAUAGUGAGAGAAAUGCCAUGUGCUGAUGACAGAGACAUUAACAUUAUUAAUGAAUGAGUGAAUGUGCAUGGCAGCGGCUGGGCAUUUGACUAAUCUCUGCUAAUCCUGACCUGAUGAAACCAGAUUGAGCAGAAAUAUUGGCAAAAGAGUGGGAUUACUGAGCAUGGAGUCUGGGCAAACAUCUGACGUGAGGGAUGACGAGACAAACCAAGCACACAAUUGUACAAAUGUGCACACAUGCAACCUUGCACACACACAUUUACAUUGAUAUUGUUUGCAUGUUUUGCAAAAUAACGGCCACUACAAGCACCCUACAACACAGACUCGAGGCUUUUAAAGAGGUCAUGUCCGGAAUGGUGUCAUGGGAUGGUACACGUAGAGGUAAAGAGAGGCCUAUCUCAGAGUGUGUGCAUGUGGGACGGCCAGACUGAGUCGGAUUACUCUACUGGUAAACAUCCGCUGGCGGCUGUCCUGACUGAAACACGACAUAUGACGCACAAGUCUCAUAUCAGAGUUGUCUCCAUGUCCUGAAAAACUCUCCCUCUGUGCCUUUCAUCAUACAAGAAUAUCAGCCUCUUCCACAUAUGUAGAGUUUGUCGGUACUGAAUACAUAAUGCUGGGAAAGUUUCUGGCAAACUUUUGAGACUUCAAAACACAAAAAUUUGUAGAAUUCAUAAUAGUUUUCAAUAUAUGGAGUGGAAUAUAUGGAGCUGUUUUAUCAACAAUAUUUUGCCAUUUAAGAUUUUGUGUCGGGUUAUAAUCAUUUUGAAUUUCUUUCUUUUUUCUUUUUUUUUUGUGUGAAAAUAAUUUGUCAUCCUUUUGUCUUGUUUUUCUAGUUUCAGUUUUUAUUAGAAUUCUUUAGAGCUGAAAUUAAUGAAAUAUGUCUGUUAUUUGUUAACACAGUCAAUGCAUUAACCUAAUUUGACAUUUCUGCCCUUUUCUGUUAUUGUUAUGGAUCAGGACAGUAGGAACUUGGCAAAAGCUCAAGGACAUCCACAUAAAAAUGAGGACAUACAUAGACUUGUGUUUUUGUAUUAAGCUAAUAAUACUGACAAUAACCCAAAAAGCUUUUUGCAUUUUCAGAAUUUUUGGAUCAUGUCUGUUUUCAUUGAUUGGAAAGAGCAAUAUGAACAUCCUGCCAAACAUCCUCUUUUGUGUUCGACUGAUGAAAGAAAGUCAUACAGGUUUGAAAUGAGGGUGAGUAAACUCAAUUUAAUGAAGUUCCGGUAACACUUUAGUAUAGGGAACACAUAUAAACUAUUAACUACGACUUUUCCCUCAAUAAACUCCUUAUUUAUUGCUUAUUAAUAGUAAGUUUAGGUAUUUUGUAGGAUUAAGAAUGUAGAAUAAGGUCAUGCAGAAUAAGGCAUUAAUAUGUGUUUAACAAGAACUAAUAAACAGCCAAUAUUCUAGUAAUAUGCAUGCUAAUAAGAAACUAGUUAAAAUACCCUAAAAUAAAGUGUUACCGAAGUUCCAGUUAAUAAAGAAAAAUAAUUCAUAUAAUUCAUGCUUUUUUUAAGCAUUGAGCCAUAUAAAGUAACAAUUAUAUAAGAAAACAAUUUCUUAAUAUGAAAAUGCUAUAGUUAAUGCAUCCAGUUCCUUUUUUAAGGCAAAGAGAAAAAAAUAAGUGUGUAAGUCAAAUUAUGGCUGACACUUGAAGUGGAAUGUACAUGCACUAUGAUGAAUCAUUACCAUUUUUGAAGAUGCUCUGGCUGGUUAACCACAUCGGUUUAAGUGCAGUUUAUUUUGGUUCCUAAUGGACCUUUAGCUGUCACUUUAGUACCAUCAUCACGAGUAUUGAGAGGCUAGGUCAUAUACGAGUACUGACUCGCUGGGGUUCAGUGGGUUUUAAUGAAGCAUCUGACAGGCACGUUAUCCAGCAGUGCUCCACUAAAAGCUCUUUAUUUGUUCGUUCUGUGUAGCGACUGACCCAGUGCUUCUGCAUCUUCCGAGAGUCAUUGAUGAAUAAGACAGCUGGAGAGCGAUGCUUAGCCUUCCGUGCUCCGGAUUAAUUGUGAAUGAGGAGUAGAGAUGUGUGUGGUGUGCCGGGAUUAUGUCAUCUAACGCUCCUGUGAUUCUCUGAUCUCCUGUGCAAAAAUCACUGACUGCGCAGAUUGUCUACACCACUUUUCAUACUAUAUAUUAUUUCAUUUUGUCAUUUUUCUUGUUUUUUAUUGACAUACUGGUAAAAAGCUUUGGGUCCGAAAGAUUUUAAAGGUAGUCUCUUGUGCACACUGAGGCUGAAUUUAUUUGAUAAAAAAUACAGUAAAAGAAGUAAUAGUAUGAACAUUUUUCUAUUUUUAAUUUAUUUUAAAAUGUAAUUUAUUCCUGUGAUCAAAGCUGAAUUUUCAGCAUCAUUACUCCAGCCUUCAGUGUCACAUGAUCCUUCAGAAAUCAUUCUAAUAUGUUGAUUUGCUGCUCAAGAAACUAAGAUGCAUUUUUUUCAGGAUUCUUUGAUGAAUAGAAUAAAAAGAAGAGCAUUUAUUUGAAAUAGAAAUCUUUUGUAACAUUAUAAAUGUCUUUACUGUUACUUUUGAUCACUUUAAUGCAUCCUUGCUUGAUUAAAAUAUUAAUAAAUUUCUUCAGUUGCUCAACAACAACAAAGCUGGAGAAUCUCACGCAGCCAAAAUGAGGAUUGUCAGUAACGGUGUUCAGCCUUACAUUGUUCAAACCGGAGUCGACACUGAUGGAGAGACUCAGGAAGAAGUUACGACUUUUAGAAGGAAACUGGACGUUUCUGAAUGGUUAGUGGAUAAAUUUAUGUAGUUGCUGUGGAGUUGAUUCAACUCAUCGACUAGCAUGUGUCGUCAUGUUAAUCUUUUGUGCAAAUCCAGCGUUGAAUUGACCCUUGUUUGUGAAGCAGUCCGGCGUAAAAUGACGGCAUGGUAACACUCUACUACAACAACUCUUCCUCUUCUCUAAAGCAGCCCAACAUGGCCUCACCCCCUUUGUUGCGUGUUCUCGGAGGCAGGGUUUGUGUAAAUUUUAGGGUUAGUGAUGCCACUAACCUGGGAAGAAGCUCGUUGUAGUCCCUACCAUGCAUUUAUAAGAGAUUUCUGUACAAGAAAAUAUCUCCCUUUGCGUUGAACUUGGAGUGUUGUAACUUUUCAGAUGUUGUUUAUGCUCAAACAGCAACAUUACACACUAACUAAAGUUAAAAAAGUGAAAUCAUAAUCAACCACCCCUUUAAUUCCUUUUUACAAAAUCUUACUGACCCCAAACUUUUGAAAAGUUGUGUACAUAAUGUUCUGUGUUUUUUUUUACAUGCAUCACGUCUAACAAUGACCUUUAUCAAGAUUAUAUUUCAUACUAUAUUUCUUUUAGAACUACAAAUCCCAUGUUUUUGUUCCAAGUCCUUCUGAAUCGGUUCAAAAUAUGUGCCAAAAUGGUUGCACUUUAACCUCAAACUCCCAUUCUCCCCAAACAAUACACAAAAAUAUGCAUCUGUAAACGCCCAUAAACAAGACAAAACAAAUUUGUCUUCAAUUCAGUGUCGUUUAUGAAUAGAUCCAGCCAGUUUAAUCUUCAUUUGAUGCUCUGUGUUUGUAAUCCAGGCCACAUACCCCUUUACACAGCGUGCUUUCGCUAAUAGGAUUGAUGCUGCCCGCACUGUGCACAACACCAACUGUCGCUCUGCUUCCUAUUGGCUGAGCUGGAAGGUGGGCGGAGCUGAUCCAUCCCGAAUGGGCUUGGAAACAGUGGAUGCUUGAAAAGUCCAUCUGCGUGGGUCGUUCUCCCAUCUGGAUCUGGGUGGUGGAUAUAUGGAGAUCUGCUAGUGUGGCUGGUGUUUUGUGGACGUGGGACACACGAUGGCCGUGGCGCUGGAUGCAGUGUGGGUGCGAGUGAAAGGGGUUUGUAAGCAGAACGGCCUGCUGAUCCUCUCAGUGUUGGCCGUGGUUAUCGGAUGUCUGCUCGGCUUCUUCCUGCGCUCCAAGAACCUCUCGGAGCAGGAAGUGAAAUACUUCCAAUUCCCUGGAGAGCUGCUGAUGAGGAUGUUGAAGAUGUUGAUUUUGCCUCUAGUCGUGUCCAGUUUGAUGUCCGGUCUGGCAGCGCUGGAUGCAAAGUGUUCCAGUCGGCUGGGCCUCAUCACGGUCUCUUACUACCUGUGGACCACCUUCCUGGCUGUGGUGGUGGGAAUAGUCAUGGUGUUGAUCAUCCAUCCAGGUGGAAUGGCACAGAAGGAAGACUCAGAGGACAGCGGGAAACCCAUCAUGAGCUCCGCUGAUGCUCUCCUGGAUCUCAUACGAAACAUGUUUCCAGCCAACCUUGUUCAAGCCACAUUUCAACAGUAUCGUACCAACAGUGUGCCCAUAAUGAAGACGCCCAAGACGACAGUGGCCACCAGUCUGACCGAGAGCACCACUCGCCGCACGCUCAUCUACGGGAUUCAGGAUGACAACGGGACGGACAUCCAGAACUUUCAGCUGGAUCUGACCCCGCCUCCUGACGUGGUGAUGCGAACGCUUCCUGGCACCAGUGAGGGCAUGAACGUCUUGGGGAUUGUCAUUUUCUCUGCCACCAUGGGCAUAAUGUUGGGCAGAAUGGGUCCUAACGGCAGUGCUCUGGUUAACUUUUGCCAAAGUCUAAAUGAAGCGGUGCUGAAAAUCGUUGCUAUUGUCAUCUGGUACUUCCCGUUUGGCAUCGUGUUUCUGGUGGCCGGUAAGAUUCUGGAGAUGAGUGACCCGUCGGCGAUGGGGAAGAAGCUUGGCUUUUACGCCAUCACUGUGGUGAUGGGCCUUAUUCUGCACGGCCUCUUCAUCCUGCCCAGCAUGUACUUCUUUAUCACCAAGAAGAGCCCCAUCGUCUACAUCCGAGGAAUCCUGCAGGCGCUGCUCAUCUCACUGGCCACGUCCUCCAGUUCUGCCACUCUGCCUAUCACCUUCAAGUGCCUGCUGGAGAACAAUCACAUAGACCGGCGGAUCAUUCGCUUCGUGCUGCCCGUGGGAGCCACCAUCAACAUGGACGGUACUGCGCUGUAUGAGGCGGUGGCAGCCAUUUUUAUCGCCCAGGUCAACAACUACGAGCUAGACUUUGGCCAAAUCAUCACUAUCAGUAUUACAGCGACAGCAGCGAGCAUCGGUGCAGCCGGGAUCCCACAGGCCGGUCUGGUCACCAUGGUAAUAGUACUGACAUCCGUAGGACUGCCCACUGAUGACAUCACUCUCAUUAUCGCUGUUGAUUGGGCCUUAGACAGAUUUCGCACCAUGGUCAAUGUGAUGGGUGACGCUCUGGCCACAGGAAUCAUGGCCCAUAUCUGCAGAAAGGAUUUCAUCAAAGAGGGAGAUGGGGUCCCUCUCAUCUGCGAAACAAAGCCUGUGACUAACCAGGGUUUGCCAAACUGUCAGCAGAACAAUGGUAGUUUCCAGCCUCCGCCAACAGAGGGCAAACCCGAGCACAUCCCUCCAGAUGUGGCCCGCCUCAUGCAGCUGGAGGAAGGGGUCCGUCCGCCGCCUCCAGAUCGGAAAAAGCCGCCCAUACCACCACGGCACCUGAAACACAGAGACAAGGACCAUUGUGCCAUCGACAUGAACGGUCUCGAGACUAACGUAUAGCGACCACCAGAAGCUUUCAGGACGCAGACUGAAAUCGACUGGACAAAAAGAGUCCACAUACAUGGGAACGGACAAACGGACAUGUUUUAUUUCCUUUCCGUUUUUCUCUGAAACGUUCAUGAGGCAACACAUGGUAUGAUCCUGCACAUAUGGGCCACAGUAAUGCCGCUGUUGGCAGCACAUCCCAGUCGACCCAUUCAGUGCACUAGAUAAUGUCAGGAUGGAAAGAGAAACCAGGUCAAGGUCCACAACACCAAGCCAGCCUGUUUCUUUGGGUUCAUGGCCUUGAGAGUGAAACUUUUCCUGUAGCGUAUCAGAAAAAUGAUUGAAGACUGUCAAAAAGCAUGAGUGAAUUGUAAAUACAACAUAGCUAUGUACUCUAUGCGGUGUGUUUUUUAUUUCUCAAGUUUAUAUAUAAUUUUAUAUCUUAUAAUUGAUUCUUGUCUCUUUAAGCAGGCCUUGUAAAAAUAUUGUAAAGAUCGCAGGUGUGCGUGAAAAUCGACAUUCACUGUGAUAUUGAAUGUUUCAUGUUAUCGGACACUGUACAAAAAUUAUUUUCUUCCUCAAUACUUUUGUCUUGUUUUCCAGUAAAAAUAUCUAAAUAUUCUUAAAAUAAGAUACAUUUACUUGAGAAGCAAAAUGACAUAAGAUGAGACUUGUUUUCUGAAAAACUGAUCAAAAUUAAGUGACUUUACAAGAAAAAAAAUCUCUGCUAGUGGGGUCAGAAAAAUAAACUUUUAAAAGUCACUUAAUUUUGAUUUUGAAAGCAAGACUUGUAAGAUGUAAUUUUGCUUCCCAAGUAAAUGUAUGUGUUCGGGUCAUUUUGAACCGGAGAGAAUUUUCUUUUUUACAAAAAUCCUAGUUAACUGAGGGUAUAACUAAUUUGGCAACAUUUUUUGAGAAUUUUUUCAAAUGUUUGUGGGGUUUUUUUAUGAUUGUGGUGUUCCUGGUCAAAAAUGACAGGCCUACAAAAAAUUUGUUAUAAAUCUCUCUUACUCUAUAUCGGGGUGGCGAACUCUGGUUCUGGAGAGCCUCAGUCCUGCAAAGUUUAGCUCCAACCCUGAUAAAAACUCACCUGCCUAUAGCUUACAGCAACCCUUCAGACCUUGAUGAGCUUGUUCAGGUGUGUUUGAUUAGGGUUGGAGCUGAACUCUGCUGGACUGGACUUGGAUUCAAUAUUUUUGUCAACUUGUUUUCUUUCAGCUACUGAUCAUAAGCCUCCUUUAUCUGAGCUUAUGAACCUCAAUUUUUGAAAAAAAAGAAAAGAAAGGCAUUAUUUGUGGGUAUUUUUGGCAAUAUUGAAUCAAAUUUAAAAAAUAUUCUGUACAAUUUAUCACACUAGUGUGCUUUAAUGUUUAAUUAAACAAAAUAAGUAUUUUUGAAACUGACUGAUUGUAGGCCUCAUUGAUCUGAGCGCACAUGUUCAUGUAAGUUUCAAAAAUAAAGACAAAACCUGUCGUAACUGAAAGAAAAAAUAUUCAAUAUUGACAAAUUAAUCCACAAAUAAUGACUUUUUUCAUUCCAAAACUGAGGUGCAUAAGCUCAGAUCAAUGAGACCUAUGAUCAAUCAAUUCCAAAAAGAAAUGUAAAAUCUGUCCUAAUUGAAAGAAAACAAGUUGACAAAAAGAUCGAAUCCAGUAUUUGGUGAUAAUAUAGCACAAUUUACAAGCAAUUUUUAAAAGACUGGUCAUUUAUGACCGGGAACACAAAAGGUGGUCCAGGGUUUUCGACACAGCACAAGGGUUAAAUAUUUGUACCAGAAAACAAGACAAAACACAGAGGAAGAAAAUCAUUUUUGCAGUGGAUAUUCUCCUCUCCCGUUCUUGUGCGAAACACAUCUGGGUCAGUCCUACUGUAAAGCGUUCAGCCAAUUACUGCUAUGACUAACUCAAAAAGCACUGAGUAAACCACUUAAGGUAAGCAGUGCCAGUCUGGGAAAAAAAAUAAAAGUGUGAUCCCAGACAUAUAUGGGCCAUGAAACUGUAUGAUUAUUCAAAAACAAAUAUUGGUCUAUAAUACAGCAUGCACAUCUCAGAAAGUGUGCUAAAUUAGGCCAGAAACAUACUUUACGCAAGUACAAAUGCUACAUGAUCUCAUCAGACGUAUAUUAUCUUGCUGAACUUACAUCUGUGUACAUUAACCUUUAUAAGCUUUUUGGUCAUUUUUGAACAAUUUCAUAUCGUUGUUUUUAUAGAAAUGGUUAACUCAAUCUGAGUGCUUCAAAAAACUUUGUGACCUUUUUUAGAUAUGCAAUCUGAACAAACAAACAAACAAACAAAAACUGGGCGUAACAUGAUUUUGACCUGACAUUAUGUCAUUCUUCUAACCCAAAUACAUUAAGAGUCUUACAAAAUUCUUUGUUUCAACUUACACAAGCAAUGCUGGGAAUGUGAUGCAGUUGAAUCGCAUUAUGAAUGUGUUCUGGCACAAUUCAGAAUGCAUGGUGUGAGAAAUCAUGCUUGCAUUGCUAAAAGGGGUUUUUGUUCAUGUGCGCUAAUUACAAACCUACUCAAGGGGGCGACUGAGUUACCUUCAUACUGUAUGUCUGUGCCAAUAAACAGGAUGUUUAUAGCCAGCUA